UUCUUUCCGAGCUCUCUUACUAGAAAAAAAAAAAGCAACUAUAUACAGAAAUGGUCGAGAAAGCGUUCCACCACCGGGCGUCGCUCAAGCAGAAGCACAAGGCGUUCAAGCGGCGGCAUGCAACAAAGAACCAGCAGCGGGACAAGGCCAAGGGCAAGACGCAGCGGGCAUCAAUCAAGGGCAAGGUGCAGCGCAAGCACACGCGGCUGGACCGGCGCAACGCAGUGCGGACGGAGCAGCGCAAGAAGCGCGAGCAGCUGCUGAUGAGCACGCGGAUUUUCAGCGGGCGGCACCGGGCGCCCAAGAUCGUAGCGGUGAUUCCGCUCUGCCCCGACGUACGUACAAACGCAGUGGUUGCGCAGCUGCACCAGAGCAUCGGCGAGACUAGCGACAUGGCGGCGACCCGGCACGUGCUGAAUGUCGAGCGGUUCAAGCAGACAGUGCAGUUUGUCGAGGUGCAGCGCAACCUGCUGGACAUCAUCGAUGUGUGCAAGGUGGCGGAUUACAUGAUCACGGUUGUGUCGGCUGAGGUCGAGGUCGACGCGUUUGGCGAGCAGUGCCUGGCGGCCAUCCAGAACCAGGGCCAUCCGUCGGUGUUCCCGGUGGUGCAGUAUCUGGAGGCAGUGCCGGCGAAGCGCCGCAACGACGUCAAGAAGUCGCUGCAGAGCUUCAUGGGCCACUUCUUCCCUGAGGCCGACAAGAUGUAUGCGACCGAGUCAGACACCGAGGCCCUGGCCAUUCUGCGCAUUCUGACGUCCCAGGUGCCAAGACGUAUCAAGUGGCGCGAGAUCCGCCCCUACAUGCUGGCUGAAAAUGUCGAGUUCGAGCCGAGCCCUGAGGACUCGGAGACCGGCCGGCUCGCCGUCACCGGCUACCUGCGCGGCGCCAACCUGUCGGCGAACCGGCUCGUACACAUUCCGAACUUUGGCGACUUCCAGAUCGACCAGAUCUACAAUGUGCCGGUCGCGCAGGAGGCAGCCAAGGCCAACGCUAUUGACGAGGACAGCGAGCCCACAUUGCUCGACGAGCCGAAUCCCGAGCUGCAGGACUCGCUGGUGGCAGCCAAUGAGCCGGACCAGCUCAACAACGAGCAGACGUGGCCCGAGGACGACGAGAUGGCCGGGUGGAAGGAGCAGAUGCAGCAGAUGGAGGAGGAGGAGGCCCGCAUGCAGGCCGAGCGGGUGAUCCGCGUGCCCAAGGGCACGUCGACGUACCAGGCCGCGUGGAUCGCCGACGAGCUCGAUGAGGACGACGAAUCGGACAGCGGCUCGGACUCGAGCAUGGAUGACGACGAGUCGGACGAAUCUGGGUCCGAGAUCGACCCGUUCGAGGCCGGCGAGGGCGAGGAGUACGAGGAGAUCCGCAUCGACCAGCACGGCAACCCGAUUGAGGAGGCCCAGGAGGAGGACGAUGACGACGAGGAGGAGGCGCUGUCGCCGGAGGAGGAGGAGCGGCAGCUGCGCGAGUACCUGAAGAGCCGGGCGGCUGAGAACCGCGACGACCUGCAGUUCCCCGACGAGGUCGACACGCCCCGCGACAUGGCAGCACGUGAGCGGUUCGCGCGGUACCGCGGGCUGCAGAGCUUCCGCACGUCGCCGUGGGACCCAUACGAGAACCUGCCGCUGGACUACGCGCGGAUCUUCCAGUUUGAGAACCCGCGGCACACGCAGCAGCGCGUGGUCCGCCAGACCGACGACGCACCCGCCAAGGCCGGCAUGCAUGUGCGUGUGAUUCUGCGCCAGGUGCCACGCGCAGCCGCCGCGCAGUUCUCGCCCACGCGGCCGUUUGUGGUGUUUGGGCUGCUGCAGUACGAGCACCAGAUGUCGGUCAUGCAUUUCACCGUCACGCGCAACGACGAGUACACGGCGCCGGUGCGCUCCAAGGACCCGCUGGUGCUGCACUGCGGCUUCCGCCGGUACUCGGUGCGCCCGCUGUUCAGCCAGCACACGCGCGGCGGCCCCGGCACCAACAACGUCCACAAGUUCGAGCGCUUCCUGCAGCACGGCCGCGUCACCGUGGCCACGGUGUUUGCACCGAUCCAGUUCGGCGCGUCGCCGAUCUCGCUGUACCUUCCGGAGCCCGCCGACGACUCGCCGCUGCCCACGCUGGUCGGCACCGGCACGUCGCUGGAGAUCAACCCGGCGCGCAUCCUGGCCAAGCGCAUUGUGCUGACCGGCGCACCGUACAAGAUCCACAAGCGCGGAGCAGUCGUGCGGUACAUGUUCUUCAGCCCCGAGGACAUUGCGUGGUUCAAGCCGGUGCAGCUGCACACAAAGUACGGCCGCACGGGCCACAUCGCCGAGAGCCUGGGUACCCACGGCUACAUGAAGUGUAUCUUCGACGGCCCGGUCACGCAGAUGGACACCGUAUGCAUGAACCUGUACAAGCGCGUGUUCCCCAAGUGGAACACCGACAUCUGGGCCGAGCACACCCAGACUCCCGCCGCUAUGCACCAGUGGACCGGCCCUGUCGCCGACAAGCCCGAGGCCAUGGAGACUUAAUCUUUUUUAUUUCCAAAAUACACUCCCCUUUCACCGCCGCC